AUGUCUGAAUAUACUAAAAGAUUUGGGGCUUUCAAGUUAGUGUUUCUAGGAGAAUCGGCAGUGGGGAAAUCAUCGAUAAUUCAGCGAUUCACAAGGAACAUUUUUGAUGAGUAUCAGAAUGCCACCAUUGGGGCAGCUUUUAUUAGUCGAAUAUUUGAAUUUCGUGAUGAUGCCAAUAAGGUUAUCAAUAAAGUGAAGUAUGAGAUUUGGGACACCGCAGGUCAAGAACGUUACAAGUCGUUAACUCCAAUGUAUUACAGAAACGCUAAUGUUGCGGUUAUUGUGUUCGAUUUGACGGAAAAGUCAAGCUUCACUAGGGCUAAAGACUGGAUAAGCGAAUUACAAUUAUAUUGUGAUGGUGCAAAUAUCAGAAUAAUGUCUGGUGACGAUGAAGAACAAACAAAUGACGAUGCAAAGAGUAACAGCUUGUUGAUGAUCCUUGUGGGGAAUAAGUUGGACUUAAUAAAAAAAGAUGGCCAAGAAAGAGCAGUUUCAAACGAAGAACUAUCCCAGUUUGUUGAUGAGCACAAAUUUGUGUAUAUCGAGACGAGUGCGAAGAGUGGCGAAAAUAUCAAGAAUUUGUUUGAAACUUCUAUUGCAACACUGUUACCAAGCCAUAUGUUUACUGUGGAAGGAGGUAAGCAGAAAAAAACCCAGGACUCCACCGGAAAUUAUAAUAUAGAUUUAAAUGAAGGCUUGAAUAGAAAUUUGGCGACUGAAAGUAGCCAAUGUGCUUGCUAG